GUGAAAGUUUAGCAUGCUAGCUAACGUAGAGAUAGCACAGAUAUAGAUCUACGGUGUUAAGUGUUCAAGAGUAGCACAUGUCUUCGCUAUCAGGUAACUAUAGAUCAGUGUACGGGAGAGGGGGUGCAGGGUCACUGUAAAAAUAGCCUGAGUCCCUAAGCAGACCACAGCUUUUUAACCCCAGCUCCUGCACCAACAUCAACAAAUCCAGCUCUACGCCGUGAAACAGGUGAAAAGAAGAGUCUGGUUUACAUGACAAAUAAGCUACGAGGGCUCUGACAUGCCAUUGUGCUGAACCUCGUCAUUCUUUAACUCCGGUGGUGUCAGAAGCCUGCCCACUACCUACAAACCAUGGGAAACCAUCUGAAUCGCUCCACUGAAGAUCAUAGGGGAGACUGUACAGAUGCAACAUGCCUCGAAAUGAAGGAUUCCGGCUCUGAGGAGGUGGAAAGGAGCUGCGAUUCUCAUUUUGCAGAAGACAUUGAUAGACCUGUCAGCCCAGGGGAUGUAAACAAACAUGGCAGUGAGCCGCACGGCAACUCGUCUUUGUGGAUCGCCAGUGAAAAAGAGCUGGAGCUGAAUAACAGCCAGGUGGCGACAGGUGGGGAUGAUCUUGCGCCUUCGGCUCCCGGCAGUCACGUGGAUAGAUUGCACGUGCAGUUGCCGUCAGCUCAGGGAAAGGUCGCGGAGGAGGGGGCGUUUGGAGGAAGCACGAGCCAGCCGGUGUCGGGUUAUAGGGGAAUGGAGGCCAGGAUUGGACAGCUAGGCGAUGAGUCAGGUGAUGACUCAGAACUGCGGAGCUCCCCUGUCAAAAGAAGGCCGUCUUCAGACAGCUGGAUAAGCACAAACUGUGACAUGGUUACUUUGACGGUCCCUGAAUCUCCUACUGCAAUCAGCCAGACCCUAUCUGCCAUGGCCCUCACAGACCAGAGCAAGGAGCUGCGGCCAGAUCAGGAGGCCACCAAACCAGUGGAGGAUGUGAACUCGAGCACAUGCCCACAGGAUCAUACCAGGUUGGAAAGCAACCAAGCCUGCCUGGAGAUAGACCUGGAUCAGCAGUGGAGGUCCUUCGAGAUCAGAUACCCUGGAACUGCUGCUACCUUCACAGGCACCAUCAUGGAGCCCGUUCCUGGGAUGGAAAGUGCGACGGUGUGGGAGAUGACCGAGGAAUGUGAUGACCAGGAGAAGGUGUUUGUGUGCACCAUUGAUGAGAUUUUCAGAGUACCUCAAUACUCCAGUACAGCUCCGGUGUCACAGUGGCCAACGACGUGUGUUGUAGGAGACUCAGAGGUGACAAGUCACACCCGGCCAGGGUCCGAGGACGAGACCAGGGAGCGAGCAGCAGGGAGGAUGGACGUGGUAACCGAGGAGCUCCCUGCCUGUGAGACUAUCUGCCCUGAAAAAUGUGGAAAAGGGGAAGAACGUGAGAACCUGAACGUUAGCAUACUGGCGGGCCCCUGCUGGCAGGAAGGCCCACUGCCUGAGGCCCCAGUGUUGGGAGGAGACGACCAGACCGACGUCAGCUUGCUGUGCAUCUCACACUCAGCCAGUGACAGCAUCAGUUAUGAAGCUGUGCCUCAGAAGGUUUUCCUGAAUCGGGGUGAUGAGGAUCCUCAUGGAGACCUGCCACAAGUCGUACUCGGCAGUGACGGCCCUGCUCCAGAAAAAGAACCGGCGUCAUUUGGAGGUCCCCUGACAGCCGUGACCUCUGACCCCACGGGGACGGAUCCCAUUCAUGGAGUCAGAGCCCUUGGCCAGGAGCUCGCCAGUAUGAUCAUAGUGACGGCGGAGAACCUGAUACUUUCAAAGGAAGACCACGUCGCUUGUCUAACACUCGACCUCCACGACGUCUUCUUUCACGCUGGUUCGGUUUGUCUGGGAGACGUGCACGGUCAGACGUCCUUUGGGCAUGCUAAAAUGGGAACGACUGAUAUUGUGUGUGAUGGGAAAGGACAGCAGAGUGCUGAUAUUCCUCCCAGCGUACCGGAAACAUCUUCAGAAUGCAAGGAGGACCUUAUCUUCCCUGAGGGGGUGGUCGUGGAAGCUGCACUGGGGGUACCUGAAAUGCUACAGAAGUGUGGAGAAUCUCUGGAGACACGUGCUAAGUGGGAAAGUUCAGACAGGGCAGGUGGAGCCAUAGCAGUGGUGGAGAACGUUACGGUGACAGAAAGCUCCGCACCAGGGAACGAACCAAAACAUUCCCAAGUCCAAGUGGCUCGUUUGACUCAGUAUGAAACAGCCAACCAUAAAAAUGACCUACUGCGUAGCAGACAGUUAUCCAGUGAAGAAAAGCGCAGCACUACUUUAGGAGAUAGCUGGCCAGCAGAGCAUAACCGAGAUAAACCCACAGGAGCGCCGACCCAUAAAAGGCCUGACCAUGAAGCGAGGGAAGAGCGACCUCGUAGGGUGAAGGAAGCCGCCAGCGUGUUACGGGACAUCUGGCCAGAGAGGAGCGGGGACACGGACCUCAGGCUGCUCUGCCUGCUGGGGCACGUCACGGAGGACUGCUCUAUUGUCUGGUCCAAAGAUGGCGCUGUUCUGGCCGGCCAGGAGAGAAGUACAGGUGAUGCCCUUCAGGUCUCGCUCGACAUUUCCGAGGCCUCUCCUUCGGACCUGGGGACCUAUCAGUGUCUUCUCAGUGGUCCUCAUGGUGAGGCGUCCUCAAGGUUCCACCUGACCGCAGAAGUGCUGAGUGAACUUCUCCCUCCCCACAGCCCUGCACAAGUCAUCAAGGGCAUUAGAGAGGAUGUGAAGUGUGCCCCACUUCUCUUCAGGGAGGACUUCCUCCGCGAGCAGUACUUUGGAGAGCACGAGGCAGCUAGCAUUAUCACCGAGGGGGUCCACUUUGGGGAAGGCAUGCACCGGCGGGCCUUCCGGACAAAGCUCCUGGAUGGCCUGGUGGAGGCUUUCAGGCCUGGACAGUCCUGCGUCCUGAAGGUGCAUAACGCCAUCAGUUACGGGACCAAGAGCAGCGAUGACCUGGUCUGUAAGAACUACAACCUGGCUGUGGAGGAGUGUUACACACAGAACACGGCUCGGGAGUACAUCAAGGCCUACAAAGAGGUAGCAAAAUCAGCAGAGGCUUUUGGGGACGUUCCCGAUAUCAUUCCCAUCUACCUGGUACACCGGCCCUCCAAUGACAUUCCUUAUGCCACACUGGAGGAGGAGCUGAUUGGAGACUUUGUGAAGUACUCCGUUCGGGACGGGAGGGAGGUCAACCUGAUGAGGCGGGAGACCGAGGCGGGACAGAAGUGUUGCGCCUUCCAGCACUGGGUCUUCCACAAGACGGAGGGAAACCUGCUGGUCACGGACAUGCAAGGUGUGGGGAUGAAGCUGACCGACGUUGGCAUAGCGACGUGUAGAAAGGGGUACAGGGGCUUCAGGGGGAAUUGUGCCACGUCUUUCAUCGACCAGUUCAGGGCACUGCACCAGUGUAACCAAUUCUGCACGCUACUGGGUCUGCAGUCCCUGCAACCCACCCAGCCGAAGGCCAGAAGGCCGGGGAAUGAGACAAAGCCGACUCCAAAGAAAAGGAUACUGGGUGACCCCCACAAGCCCAGGCCCUGAGAAAGCGGGGUCAUGGAGCUUGUAAAUUAGGGACAAAUCAAAUGUAUCAUGUUUUUUUUUUUUUUUGUGAUGAAAUUUUUAUUAGAGAUUUUUUUUUUAAACAAAGAACAAAAUGGAACAAAACAGAAUGUACUCCACCCCCACCCCCACCCCCAAUACACCCUGAGACAAGACCAACAAAGGUCACCGGCACACCCAGCCACGGAGAGCACAGCUAAAAGCUGAGGAGAAAAGAAAUAACAGACAUAUCACUGAGAAAUGUCAGAAUUAGGAAAGUAAAAAUCAAAACAAAAAACAAGGAAUACGGCCUCAGGACACGACCUGCAACCAAUCCUGGACCAGCUGCACGUCAUGGAGCCAGCUCUGGAUGUUGUUUUAUUUCUUAUACAAAGGAAAUUUUCCAUCAAACUUGCAUCAAUAGGACUUGGAUCCACAAUAUAGAAACACUGUUUUUUUGUUUAUUCCUUUUAAAUCAUUGUUUGAUGCUGAACACUUUAGGUGGCAGCAAGCUUCAUGGGAGAAGGAAAUCCUGCUUGGCCUAAUGAAGAACCUCACUAGUGACAGGACCCAGAGAGUGAGUCCUGCUUGGGACAGAGCAGAGGCUUCCGAAAUCAUCUGUGGUGCCCUGUUCACUUAAACAACAACCAAUUGCUCCCACCUCAAUAUUUCUUUAUUUCCAGCCCUUAAUGUCUUACAUCAUGGUUAUAUAUUUUCAUAUCAACCAGCUAUUGAUAUUAUUAUGAACUAAUAACAUUUAAUGAUGGGUGACAUUCUCCAGGAAGAUGGUUACUGCCCAGGCACUGUAGAAAUGAUCAACUUGUCAUUCUAGACAUUUCAGACCUGAUUUCAAGAAAACUGUCCAGUUUUUUUGAAAGUGUGUGCUUGUAUGUGGUAUUGGAGUUUGGUUUCACAGUCAUUGGUGGAUUCUGUGAUGGAAGGGCGCCCCCAUCCUGGGAUGUCCCCUGCCUUGUACCCGUAGCCUCCAGGAUUAUCCCUGCAGUUACAGAAAAUGGAUGGAUGGAUGGAUUGGCCUGUCUGUGGAUUAAUUAAUGGUGGUAUUUCUACACUAGUGAUCCUUGACUAAUUUGCAUACAGAUAUCAUGAUAGGCCAUAGUGUUUCCUGCAGAAUCUUGUCAUAAUUUUAUGUACUGAGCCAUUGCCUGUGUCCUAAUAUCAUCAUUAUUCAUACCUUCAAUCGUUUGGGCAAAUGGGGCAGGUGCACCGGCAGAUACUGCCCCCCCCCCAGCCCCCCCUCACGUGUGCCUCUACUGUGGUGUGUAUUUCACCAGGCUGGCUUCGAGCCUUCCAACAAAAGCAUCUGCUAAAUAAAAUGCAGAACAGACAAAGUACUGGGCGCAAACUAUUAAUAAAGAGCAUCUUUUGCCCGUUUUUGUACAUCACUGGCUGGUUUGGGUGUUGCACCGACAACGUCUGAGCAACAAUAAACCUGUGACUGCAUUACGAGCCUAUUUUUGGGCUGGUUGUCAGGUGAUGCACAUCCUCGGCCUCUUUGGUUACCUGUUAUACUUCGCGGGGAAAUUUCUCACCAUAGCUAUUAGUGUGAAAAUGGCAUUUGAUGACAGUGGACACAAACACCAUUGUCACACUCCACAACUCUGGGGGACAGGAGCAGUGUGGUGGCAGGGACCAGGCUGAGGCAGUGACAUGAAGAGAGGGAAGAAAAAGAGGCAGUCAGGGGUUUUUGAGAUUGUUGCAAGCGUAUAAAAAAUCAGCCAAAAGUCUGGAAACAGCUGCUUUUAACACAUUUGUUUCUGUUUUAACCGUUUUAUUCAGCUCAUAGUAAAGGACCUCGAGGCCAUGAAGUGCUUUAUAUCAGAUACUGCAAUGACUAAGAGGAAUGUUCACCAUCUCAGAAUUAUAUACUCUGCGAAAUAUCCCCCUUUUGCUUUGACGACAGCAUUCCUUCAACCAGCUUCCACAUGUAGCCGCCUGGAACGCUUCUCCAGCAGUCCUGAAGGAGUCUCCACAUGGUCUGGGCACAGACUGGCUACCGUGCUCUUACUCUUCAACCCAGCUCAUCCCAAAGCAGCUUUAUGGGGUUUAGGUCGGGGGAUUGUGGGGGGGCCAGGUCAUCUGUCACAGCGCUCCAUCUUCUUCCUUAUUCACGUGAUAAUGCAGUACUUACAUAACCUCGAGGUGUGCUUAGGGUCACUAUCUUGUUGAAAAACAACUAAUUUUAGGUAGGCGUGUGCAGACUUUUGACUGGUACUGUACCCAUGAUUACACCCGUUCCCCCUCAUAUUUGUUUUAUGUGCCACACCUGUUUUGGAUUGUUACAGUAAUUGUUGUUGUCACUUUUGUUAAAUGUGAACCCAGUAAAGCACGUAAAAGCUUUCGCUGUACACACACGUUUGUAAGGUGAAAUGACAAUGAAGCUUUGGCUGAAUUGAGCAGCACCAUCCGUCACAUUUUUAGUACAUGUGCGAAAUGUAGUUAUUUAAACGUAGCGGUAGAUACUUUAUGCAAGACACUUAAGUAACGUCCUAAUGUGUGUUAAAAUUUCACCAGUGAGCUACUCCUGCAGCUCGGCCUUACAGUGAGAUAAGAUGACGUUGCACACGAACGUUCUGCAAUGUCAGUCUCACAGUGACAUGGGGAGCUUAGCACCUGCUCUGUGUGACCCCCCCCCCUCACCAUGGCAGGUGCACAUUUUCCUUCAGUUAAUGGUGGUCAACCUGCUGUUUGAGGAGGUGGUCACGAGUCACGUUGCGAGCCCCACAGAGACCCAUGGCAGAUGGGAAAACAGUUGCUCUGGAAUCUACCAUGUUUCUCUGUUAGCUUUCCUCUCCUCUAUGGAUUUAACACACGGACUCAAGGAAUAUUACUGUUUAAAAGAUUGUCAUAGUGUUCUCUCAGACCUGGUGUGCGAAGCGUCAACGGUCCUGUUUCAUCUCAGCCACCAGCCGAAACCCACUGAAAACGCAGUGCUUUUAUGGUUCUUUUAACUACUUCAGUUUCAACUGAUGAAAAGUGAGUGUUCUUUUUACCAUCACAAUUGCAUGCCCCACUCUACAACUUCUAGUCCUUGUUUCACAGGUAUCAAGUCCAAAUUGCUGAUGAGAAGCAUUUUGUUAUCAGAAACAGGUUAUACUAAUACCAUAAACAAAAUGAGUAACUCACAAUCACAGCUGCCGGAACGGACAAAAGCAGCCCAUGACUCACCUGGGGCCGCCGGUAUCUGCGAAGCUUGCUCUGCCAACUUUAGAAGUCCUCAAUAAAUCAGGGAUAAACCGCAAUCUUCAGCUUCCUACGUGAACACCGGCUUCAGAACAGAGCUCACACAGUACUUUGAAUGCACUCUGCUGCAGGAAGAACCUCCCUUUAUGUAGCUAGAGAAGUUAGACAAACAGGUAGCUGAUUUUGGAGAUAAGCUAAUGAGGAAGUAUUGAUCGGUUUCAUUGGGCGCCGUGGUUUUUCUUUAGCUGGAAUGGAUUUAAGACACAUUGUCUUCAGACUGCAUUCUGAUGCACACACAUCCUCAAACAGGCCGACGUGCUUAUAUGAGAACGACAGUAAACAUGAGCAGACUCAAGACCCACCUAGUGUCUUCAGGAAGAGUAUGUCCAUGGAACAUGGGGCCUCCCUGCUUCAGGAGUGAUGGAAUGUGAUCACCGUGCCUUCACUUGCAAAGUCUCCGGCUCGGGAAACGCAGUUCCUUGGUUUUUGAUCCCCUAGAAAUCUUUCCAUACAUAUUGUAAAGGUGUUAUUCUGGAAA